CACGGCCAUGGGUGAGCAAACCCACUACCGAGCCCAGCCGUGCUCUGGCACCAACCCCAGGAAAUGCCAGGACCUAGGAGACUCAAUUCUUCUGAUCCUGGGCAGCUUCAUCUUGCUCAACGUGGGGAUCAAGAUCUGGAGGCAUUUGAAGAGCUCCUUGUGGACACUUUUCAAUCAUAUUUUCCCCAAAGACAAGCAAGCCAGCUGUGUAGGCAGCCAUCGCAUGUGCGUGCGCUGCUCCGUGGAUCCCAAGAACCUGUGCUCAAGAGUUCCUUCCCGCUUCCGCCAUCGCCCAAGCUUCCUGCUCGGGCACCCAAACCACCUUGACUCGUGGAUACCAGUCACAAAACAUGAGAAGGCUUCUGGGUGCUGCUGGAGGCCGCCUCAGUGUGGACGGGCUGGGGCUCCCAUGGAGGCUCCACGGGGACUGUGGAAGGAGGGGGUAGUGGGCGCUGGCGAGGCCCCUCCGGUCACAGCCUUAACGUCCCGAGCCACCUUUUGCUACAGGCAAGAGACAUCUUCCAAGCUCCGCAGGAUGAGCAAGGUGGAUGUGCUUCCACUCCGCCUGCCCCAAGAGAGCAAGACGAAGACCCCAGACUAUGACCCAGCCCAGGCCCCAGCCCGGGCCCAAACCCGCCCCCCAGUUCAGCCCCCUGCGCAUGCUCCUGCCAAGGCCCAGACCUUCUCCUCAGCCCACCCCCCUGAGCACACCCCCCCAGGCCCAGACCCCCUGCCCAGCCCUCACCCCGAGCGCAGCCCUGCCCAGGUCCAUGGCCCUGAGCAUACCUCAGCCCAUACCCCAGCCCAGGCCCAAGCCCAGGGCCCCUCAAAUGCCUCAGCCCAGUCCCUGGGCCACACUUCUGUCGGCACCCUGACCCAUGCUCAUCUGAUCUAUACCCAUGCCAACACUCUGGUCCCUCCCCCACCUUCGGCCCCAGUUCCUCCCCCAACUUCUGCCCCUGCUACUACUCCUGCCCUAGCCCCUACACCAGCCCCUGUCCCGAUCUCUGCCACAACCUCUGUCCCAGUGCUGGUCAUGGCCCUGACGACCACUCCAGUCCCUUCCACCACCCCUACCCCCACCCUAGCUUCUAUUCCCUCUACCUUGUCUGCCUUCAGCCAAGGCCUCUCCUCCGGCCAGGUGGUCUACAAUGCCCGCAGGGUAAAGCAGAACGUGGUCCAUGUGUGUCCCCCUCAGAACUCUGGGUACUCCAGAAAGGACUUGGAUACCGUCUCCAGGCCCCAAGAGGGGCAUGGUCUGGUGAGCUCUGGUACAGCUGAGCAAACACUGAAGCAAUGUAGUGGGGACAGUGCCAAGCCCUCCACUGGAUCCAUACUGGGUUACCUGGAGUUGGGGAAUAUGGAAUGGAAGAUCUCAAAUGAUGCCAAAGACAAAUUUGUGCAGUCCAAGACCUUCCCUUACUGCAGCUUCCAUCCUUGCAGUUCUGAGAAGAGAAACACGGACCCCCAGGCUCCAGUCUACCCCAAAUUCCUGGUGUACUCCAAGGAUGCUGCACCUUCUCAACCUUGCUUCCAUUCUCCAACCAGUGCCCAGAGCUCACCAUGCGCCAUGCCUCCACCAUGCACUCUUUCUCUGCCUCUUGUUUCUCCCAGAUCCUUUGUCCUUCAUCAACACAGCAACCACCAGAAGCCCUCCGCCUUAAUACAACCCCCCACCUUUCCCCCAACCUCCAAGUCUCCUCCGUCUGUCCUCUCUUCCCAGGGCCCCAUCCCUCCCCAGUUAUCCACGACGUCCCAAACCCCAAAUCAGCCCCAAUCCCCUGAACUUCGUGAGAGUCUAGGCCUCAACCAAGGCUGUGUCCUCCAAAGUACCCUAGGACCUUUAAAAGACUGUAGAGUUUCCAAAAAACCAGGCCUUACCCCAAAUCCAGGCCUCCACAAGAACCCUCUAGGAACUGACUCUGUCCAAGCUUUGGGCCCACAUCAGACCCGAAAGUUAUUUAGAUCUGAGGCAGGUCCUCGAAAGGAGGAUGCAGGGCAGCACAUACCAGGGACUUCUGUCCCACCCAGUCAGAACUCCUGCUCUCCCAAGGCUCAGGUGACCUACAAUGACAUUCAAACCUUCUCAGAGGUAUCUGUGCUGAUUGAGCUGCAAUCAUCCUCCCGGCGAGCAGGCGGCCAAGACUGGGUGUGCCACCCCAUGGAUACAGUUCCUCCAGCCUGCCAGAACUAUCGCCAGAUGUCUACGCCUCCCAAGACCAGCUGGAAGCCCUACUGUCCUGGGUCAGGCACCCGGCUAGGGCAUGGGGUCUUUGACGCCCGCCAGAGACCGUUCAGAGCGGGCAGGGACAAAUGCGAAGCUCUGUCUCCCAGGCGCCUUCACCGAGAGACAUCCAGCACCUCACCGGAGACCAUCAAGGAGUGGGGAUAUCAGGGGACAGAUAUGCAUGAGGAAUAAAGAGACAAGAGAAGUGUUCUGUGGUUGUGUGAGGACAUCCACCCCAGCCCCAUCCCACAGGGCCUGAUGAGGACCUAAACUAUCCCUGCUUUCCCUCCAUCGCUGUCUAGCUAAAUCCGUUAUCCCCAAGGCCCUAGAGCUGCAUUGUCAAUUACAGUAGCCACUAGCCAAAUAUGCCUAUUAGAAUAUAAAUUAGUUACAAUUAAGGAAAAGUAAUUCUGUUAAAAAUUAAGUUAAAAAGUUAAAAAUUCUCUUCCUCAGGGAACAGAAUUUCCCUGGCGUCCAAUUCUGUUCCCUGGUGGUCCAGUUGUUGGGACUUGGCGCUUUCACUGCUGUGGCCGGGGUUCAAUCCCUGGUCGGGGAACUCAGACCCUGCAAGCUUCAUGGCUUGGCCAAAAAAGAAAAAAAUUCUGUUCCUCAGUGUCAUGAUCUUCUAAGUGCUCAGUAGUCACAUGGAGCUAGCGGAUACUGUAUUGGACGGCACAGAUUUAGAACGUUUCCAUCAUCAUGGAAAAUGCUAUUGGAGAGCAGUGCUUUAGAGUUUAGAGCAAUUUUCCUUUCCCUGUCACCCACCCCCAGCAUCUUAAAGCUCCCCCAGAGCCCAGAGAACUUAGUUCUUUCUGGGGUGGCUCAGAAGCCACCCUCUGGGGAGGAGGUAAGAUGUAGGCAUGGACACCCAACGCCUGA